AUGACAAUCUUGAUCAAAAAUCCAAAAGCCGUGAAGAGAGUUCAAGAAGAGAUCAGAAAUUUAAUUGGGAACAAAGGCAUUGUAAAUGAAGAUGAUAUUCAAAAUAUGCCUUAUUUCAAAGCAGUGAUAAAAGAGACAUUAAGAUUAUUUCCACCAGCUCCACUCUUAAUACCAAGAGAAUCAAUGAAAAUAUCCACACUAGAAGGCUACGAAUUUCAACCAAGAACUAUAGUUUAUGUUAACACAUGGGCAAUUGCAAGAGAUCCUGAAAUAUGGGAAAAUCCAGAAGAAUUUAUGCCUGAGAGAUUCUUAAAUAGUGAUAUCGACUUCAAAGGACAAGAUCUUUUGCUUCAAUUGAAGAAAGAGAAAUUAACACCAAUUGAUCUCUCAUUGGAGGAUAUAAAAGGAAUUCUCAUGAAUCCAAAAGAUAUGAAGAAAGUUCAAGAAGAGAUCAGAAAUUUAAUGGGGAACAAAAACAUUGUAAAUGAAGAUGAUAUUCAAAAUAUGCCUAAUUUCAAAGCAGUGAUAAAAGAGACUUUAAGAUUAUUUCCACCAGCUCCACUCUUAAUACCAAGAGCAUCAAUUAAAAUAUCCACACUAGAAGGGUAUGAAUUUCAACCAAGAACUAUAGUUUAUGUUAACGCAUGGGCAAUUGCAAGAGAUCCUGAAAUAUGGGAAAAUCCAGAAGAAUUUAUGCCUGAGAGAUUCUUGAAUAGCGAUAUUGACUUCAAGGGACAAGAUUAUGAGUUUAUUCCGUUUGGAGCAGGAAGAAGAAGGUGUCCGGCAAUGGCACUUGGGGUUGCAUCUGUGGAACUUGCAUUAUCAAAUCUUCUUUAUGCAUUUGAUUGGGAAUUACCUUAUGGGUUGAAAAAGGAGGACAUUGACAUAAAUGGUAGACCUGGAAUUACAAUGAAUAAGAAAAAUGACCUUUGCCUUAUCCCUAAAAAAUAUUUCUAAAUUACAUCCCAAAGUGAAUCUAAGGGGAGUUCUUGAAGUAAGGCAU